AAGAGAACGUAGCGACGUUUCUAUUUUAGGCAUAUCAUUCUUCACAUUUUUUGAAAGUUGGAUGGUUAAGGAAGAAGAUUGUCGAGGAGGGACAUGGCGCGAUUAAAAGAAGCGCAACUACGUUUUCAUACUGGACUAUGUAUUCCACUUUAUGCUCUCUUUCUUGUUGUUUCCAUCACCUCGCUCAACCCCGUCACUGCUGUUGCUACACCGAGGGUUCUGAAAGACGGUGCGCCAGAUGAGGGGGAAUCAUACAGCAGAUAUUACAAAUAUGAGGAUCUUACCAGACUGCUCAAAUCUCUGGCGAUGAAAUAUCCUCAUAUUGCCAAUCUAUCCAGCGUUGGCCAGUCUGUGAUGAAGCGAGAGCUUUGGGUGAUGCGAAUCACAAAGGACCCUAAUGCCGAUCUCCCCGGGAAACCUAAAGUCAAAUACGUGGGAAACAUGCACGGAGAUGAAACUAUUUCCAGACAGGUUUUAGUGUAUCUGGUGGAAUAUUUACUUGACCGAUAUGGCUCUGAUCCGCGGGUGACUGAGUUGAUCAACAGCACAGAUAUUUACAUUAUGCCAAGUAUGAAUCCAGAUGGCUUUGAGAUUUCUAAGGAGGGAGACUGCGCCGGUAACGCCGGUGGUCGUGAGAAUGCCCACAAAAAAGACCUCAACAGAAGUUUUCCGGAUCAGUUCGCUGACAUAAAUGUCCCGAAAGAUGAUAUACCAGAAGUCAACGCUGUGAUAAAAUGGAUCUUAGAUAACAAGUUUGUCCUUUCUGGGAAUCUCCAUGGAGGCACAGUAGUGGCCAGCUACCCGUUCGAUGACACCCCCUCGCACAAUUUCGAGGGGCAAUAUAGUCGGUCAUCAGAUGACGCCCUCUUCAGGCACCUGGCGCGGGUCUAUGCAUCCAACAACCCUGCCAUGGACAAAGGCGAACCCAAUUGUCCAGACGCCCCCGAUGAGAGCUUCAAAGACGGCAUCACGAACGGUGCUGCGUGGUAUGAUAUAGCUGGGGGCAUGCAGGACUUCAACUAUGUUCAUGGAAACUGCUUAGAGGUCACGAUGGAGCUAAGCUGCUGCAAGUACCCCCCUGCCUCCCAGCUGCCCCGCGAGUGGGAGAACAACCGCGAGGCUCUGUUGGCCUUCAUGGAGCAGGCCCACAUUGGAGUGAGAGGAUACGUGACCGAGGCCAGGAAUGGGGCGGCGCUGCCAGACGUCAGGAUUCUGGUGGUGGGCAUCAAUCACAACAUAACCACAGGGCGCUUCGGAGACUAUUACCGCCUGCUGCUGCCGGGCGACUACGACAUCACUGCCAUCGCCGCUGGAUAUACACCCAUGACUGUGGCCAAUGUGCGGGUGGUGAAGGAUAAGGCCACAGAGCUCAACUUCACGCUGGCGCCCUUGGGAGAUGACCCUGCGAGUGCGGUGACUUCUGUACCUAUGACUGCCGCUCACGCCACCACCACCACCACCACCACCACCACCGCCGCCGCCACCACGAGCACAGCUGCCCCCUCAUCCCCCACCGCCAGUGACGCCACCAGUGCGGAGACCUCGGGCUCGGAUGCCACAGGUGAGACCGGCCCUGCGCCCGGCGCCGGCUCCUCGGUCCAGCGCGAGCCGCUCCAGCCCCUGGACUUCAGGCACCACCACUACGACGACAUGACGCUGUUCCUGCGCAAGUACCACACGGAGUACCCCUCCAUCACGCGCCUCUACUCCAUCGGCAAGUCGGUGGACGGCCGUGAGCUCAACGUCAUGGAGAUCACAGACAACCCUGGCAACCAUGAGCCAGGUGAGCCUGAGUUCAAGUACAUCGGCAACAUGCACGGCAAUGAAGUGGUGGGCCGUGAGCUGCUGCUCAACCUCAUCGAGUACCUGUGCCGUAACUAUGGCAUUGACCCCGAGGUCACACAGCUCGUUAACUCCACCCGCAUCCACAUCAUGCCCUCCAUGAACCCAGACGGCUACGAGAAAGGAAGGGAAGGAGACCAACGUGGGUACCUGGGGCGGAACAACACCCACAACUAUGACCUAAACCGGAACUUUCCAGACCAGUACACCACCGUUACAGACCCAAGGCAGCCAGAGACCAUUGCGGUGAUGAACUGGUUGAGGAGUUUACCGUUUGUGCUGUCUGCCAACCUUCAUGGAGGGUCUCUGGUGGUGAACUACCCAUACGAUGACGACCCAGAGGGACGCACUAGAUACAGCAAGUCGCCGGACGAUGAGGUUUUCAAAAUGGUGUCUCGGGCCUACUCCCAGGAGAACCCUCUCAUGCACAAAGGGCACCCUUGUGAGGAUAUUUAUCCGAGGGAGUACUUCCAAGAUGGCAUCACCAAUGGAGCAGAGUGGUACAAUGUGCCAGGAGGUAUGCAGGACUGGAACUACAUGAACACUAACUGCUUUGAGGUGACCAUUGAGCUGGGUUGUUACAAGUACCCCUGGGCCAAGAGCCUGCGAGGCUACUGGGAGGACAACCGCCGGGCCCUGCUGCAGUUCAUGCAUCAGGUCCACAAAGGAGUGAAGGGGAUGGUUAUCGACCUCAAGGACGGCACAGGAAUCCCAAAUGCCACCAUCACCGUGGAGGACAUUGACCACCCCGUGAGGACCUACAAAGCCGGAGACUACUGGCGACUGCUGGUUCCUGGAGUUUACAACAUCACUGCCUCUGCACAAGGGUACUCCCCAAUGAGAGUGAUGGUUACCGUUCCUGAGAGGGGGGCGAAGGAGGUGAACUUCCGCCUGCCGCGGCUGCGGACGGAGGGGACGGGCCAGGCGAUGAAGGGUGGCGCCGAGUCCACGCAGGACCCCAGCGAGGAGGAGUUCCAGAGCUUCAUCAAGGGGCUGUCCGUCGGCUCAGGGCUGGACCAGCUCAUUCAGAGCACGGCCACCGACAGCCAGUUCCGCUAUCGCAACUACAAGGAGCUGUCUGAGUUUCUACGCGGCCUCCACCUCAACUUUCCCAAGAUAGUGUCGCUCCGAAGCCUGGGACAGAGUUGGGAGGUCAGAACCAUCUGGGCUCUGGAGAUCUCCAACAACCCCGAUGUGCCAGAACCAGCCGAGCCCAAGAUCCGCUUUGUGGCGGGUAUCCAUGGUAACGCUCCUGUGGGCACAGAGUUGCUGCUGGAGUUUGCAGCCUACCUGUGCAUCAACUAUGGCAAGAACCCAGCUAUCACCAGGCUCAUCAAUGAGACUAGAAUAGUCAUCCUGCCCUCCAUAAACCCUGACGGACGUGAGCAGGCCAGGAGUGAGUGCUCCUCCACCACAGGCAUGGCAAACGCCCACGGCAAAGACCUGGACAUGGACUUCUUCGGAAAUGCUUCCCAGCGCGUUGUGGAGGCCCAGCCAGAGACGCGUGCUGUGAUGGACCUCAUUCUGGAGAGGGGCUACUCGCUCUCAGUGGCCCUGGAUGGAGGAUCGCUCCUGACUACAUACCCCUAUGACAGACCUGUGCAGCCAGUUGAAAAUGAAGACACAUUGAAGUAUUUGGCAUCAGUGUACGCUGAGAACCAUCCCACAAUGCACAUUGGUAACCCCGGAUGUCGCGGUGAAAACCAGAUAGGGAACAGCGGUGUUCUACGGGCUGCAGAGAGACACAGUCACAUGGGCAGCAUGAAGGACUUCAGCGUGGACUUCGGCCACUGCCCUGAGAUCACGGUCUACACGGACUGCUGCCUCUUCCCUCCCGCCGAACAGCUGGCCACGCUCUGGGCCCAGAACAGGAAGUCACUGCUCAGCAUGCUGGUGGAGGUGCACAAAGGUGUGCGUGGGGUGGUCCGAGACAAAAGCGGGAAGCCCAUCGUGGGCGCCAUGAUUGUGUUGAAUGGCGGUGUGCGGGUGUUCACCAGCGAGGGCGGCUACUUCCACGCUCUGUUAGCCCCAGGCUCUCACAACAUCGAGGCAGUCGCUGAGGGUUACCAGCAACAACGGCAAAAGGUGCUGGUGUCCUCAUUUCAAGCGGCUUCCUCAAUCAUAAUUGAGUUUGACAUGGAUAACCACAUAUUUGGCCUGCCGAGGGAGUUUGUGGUGGCAACUGCAGCUGCCUCCAUGACUGCUCUUAUUGUCACGGCCUGCAUCAUCUGGUGCGUCUGCUCGGCCAAGUCCAACCGACAGAAGGACGGUUUCCACCGGUUACGGCAGCACCGCGACGAAUACGACGACGAGAUCCACCUCACCUCCAUGGGCUCCAAGAAGUCGUUGCUGAGCCACGAGUUCCAGGACGACAGCGAGAGUGAAGAGGACACGCUCUACGCCAACAAAAUCUAACGUGCCCCCCCCCCCCCCCCUACUCCCAUGCACCGCCUGUGGCACCGUCCUGUUGGGGACUCUUUAUAACAUUGAAAGGCCAUCAUCCACCCACCCCAAUCCCCUUAACCCUGCCCCAAUCCAGUGGCCUAUACCAGGCAAUGUGACCCUACCCCAGAAGAGACAGCAGGGGGCGCCAUGAUCAAUCCUACCAUCCCCCAGUGCUUACACGGACUGCCACAGGGAGAGCGCCACAGCAGCUCCCGGGUUUAUUUAAAAACCAAUUGAUGUCGCUCGCAAAACACAAACACAAUUAAAAACAAAACAAAUGCAACUACUCGCCAACCAUUUCCAGUCACCCGUCCUCUUUGUCCACCCUCUCUAGCCGGUUAGUACAGCCUCAGCAAGUUGGCGCCCGUCGAUGCAGCUGCUCGUCCAUUUGAACAAACGCACCCUUCGAGUUGUUUCAUGAAACACAGUGCCUUGAGUGAUGCCAGCCGGGGGCACUCGGCUGCCUUCCCGCUGCCAGUGCGACAGCACGACUUUUUGUGUUUAGCGAGUUGAGUUAGCGGAGUGGGGAAGAGCGCGUACACCUUCAUGCUGAAUGGAAAGCAGUCGACUCGGGUUCCUCAAAGCCGAGUCUUGAUUGCAGCACAGAUGCGGAUUGAGUGACUGAGGAGGGAAAUCCUUGAAGGCCUUUGAUUUCCGAGCCUCAUUUAAUAGAUGUAUGCUUAUUGGUUCCAUGAAAGGAAUUUUACACUGUUCAGCCAUGUCUCAAUUCAGAAUAGCAUUGGUUUUGUAUUAAGGAACCUCAGAGUUGUAUGUAAGAAGUGAUUUGGAUAAAGAUGGCAUGAGAACAGAUUCUCCCUAUUCUACGAGUAUGUUUGAUCAGCAGAGAUGUUUUUGCUGUCCACAUUUUGCUGUUUUUUUUCCCCCCACUGUGGAUGCGCAGUCAUAACUCUUUGGUCUGUUCAUAAGAUACAUGAAAAAGUUUUUGUAAAUCUGGCUUGCCUCAGAGCACUCCAGUUAUAGGCUCAAUGACUAUUUGAGUGAAUACAUUCAAUACCAGCAUGAUGAUCAUACAUUUCCCCCUUCCUGCCCAACAUUUAAAGGAAUAUUUCGGUAUUUUACACUUUAAGCCCGUUUUCUGUAUUGCCUAGCAUGAAAACAAGUGUUUCACACCGAAAUCUCGACGAUUGAGCCUGUUUGUGGAAUUUCGCAGCUUUAGAAUGGAGCUAUGUAUGGCUUUAACAUUGCUCCCUUUGUGCAUGGACUAUUCUGUCCUUAAAACACCCCUAAACGUUUGUUUUUAAAAAUGUGCAGCUCACCGAGUGGUUACUGGUCUUCAACGAUCCUCUAUAGCAAGUUUAGCAGCGAAAUACAGCUUCUGUCAUCUUUUAUCAUGAUUUUCGAAAUCCCGGAAGUACUUUUUCAGAUACCUCACAACCGUGUGUGCCUAAUAUAACACAACAGAAUUUGAAUUCAAGUUAAAGCCAUACAGAGCUCCAUUCUAAAGCUGCCAAAUUCCACAAACAGGCUCAAUCGUCGAAGAUUUCGGUGUCACACACUCGUUUUCAUGCUAGGCAAUACAGAAAACGGCUUAAAGUGUAAAAUACCGAAAUAUUCCUUUAAUUUACACUUGCAAGGAUACCUGUAUAUAUCAAGCACAAACAUACCAUGUCCAUUUAUUUUCCACAGGAAUCCUUAAGCUUCACUAAUGAUGCGUGAUCUGUAGCUUGUGAGCAGUGAAAGCUGUGCCAGUGGUUCCAUCUGCUGACACAGACGCGUAAAGACACCCUUGUACAAUUCUGUCCUGAAAGCUAUGUUGCACUUUUCCUGUCCAUUGGAUAAAUGGAUGGACUUCUCAGUUUUCAAAACUAUUUUCCCUUCGCGGCAUAUGAUAUGUUGUAGACUGAGGUACAGAAAAGGUAUGACCUGCCUGAAAUUAUUUGUUUUCUAUGUUUUUUUUCCCCAGAUGUGCAGGUGAUUCUGUGUAUACCAAUGUGGAAGAACAAUUCUCAAAACAUUUCUUUACAACAUCAAAUUUAUUGGAAAAUGUUUGGCCUUCAUCCAGUCUUGGUACAUCUCAGUAUAGAAACCACUACUCUGAAUCUUCAUCUCAUCAAACCCAAUUUCCUAGUAAACAAAAUGACAGUAUGCUGUUUUAAGAACAAAACAGGUGAAAGUAUCCGGGAUCUCAAAUUGUCUGGAUAUCAGUUUAACAGCUAAAUAAGGGAGCACAGAGUAAGAUGGUCGUACCAGUGUUUUCUUACACUUCUUAUACAGCUUAACAACAUUAACUUUCUCCCGCCACACCAAUUAAUAUGCAAUGGAAAAGUUCAAACAACCCUUGUAAACUUCUGUAUGUUUAUCAGAUGACUAUUGGAUUUGUCUGUUUUUAUGCAACAAAGUUUUGUGGGCCGGGUUCAUGUUCAGAGUUCAUAAAUGAGUGAUAAAGAGUUUGUGUACAAAAACAACGAAUCUUGGUAAAAAAAAAAAAAAGCAAGUUUGGGUUAUUCUGUUGGUUGAUUGAUUGAUUGAGAAUUUAGGUCAUUUUUCCUUUUCAGUGAUGGGCUGCUGCCGCUGAAAGUUUCUGCUCAAUAAAUACUGGAUUAAUAUGGACUGUCAUGUUGAAACGAAUGGGAUUGUACAUUUUGAAAUGGCUUGUAAUAGUCAUUGUAUGUGUGGGCUUUGAUGUAUAAUAUCUUUCUUUUUUAUAUCAAAAUAAUUGAUUGUAGAUAAUGACAUGUUGCCAAUUGUGUGUGAAUGACAAAAACAAGUGCAAUUUACCUUAAAAAAAAAAAAGAAUCAACACAACAGAGCAAAUAAAAUCUGUCAUCUC